AUGGAACCGACUACAGCUUAUCAACCUCCUCCUCCUUCUUCAAUACCCUCCUAUCAAAUGACAACACCACCUGCUGUUCUACAGCCUGGUGCGGUGGAUGUCCUGGCUAAGAAUAUAAACCAAUUUUGGAAUGGACAACAACAACAAGUCCAAAAUGUUGUGGCUCAACCACAACAACAACAACAACAACAACCAGUGACUAAUAAUACACAAAAUAACAAUAAUAACAAUAAUAAUUAUAUUCAAAUGAAUAGCCAACAAUUACAACAAAAAAUACAACAGGCAAUUCGACAACAACAAUUACAAAACCAACAACAAAACCAACAGCAACAACAAUUGCAACAACAACAAUUACAACAGCAACAACAGCUACAACAACAAAACCAACAAUUACAUCAACAAAUCCAACAACAACAACAACAACUUCAACAACAACAACAAAUCCAACAAAUACAACCAAUGCAACAAAUUCAAAUCCAACAAUUACAACAACAAAUUCAACAACAACAACAAAUCCAACAAACUUUGAAUAAUAAUAAUAACAAUAAUAAUAAUAAUAAUAAUGGACUUAUUUCACAUAUUGCUAGUUUACCUCAACAAGUGUUCCAGCAACCAAAAACUAAUAACACUAACAAUAAUAAUAUUAUAAUGAAUAAUAAUAAUAAUAAUAAUAAUUUUCAACAACCAAAUAAUAAUAAUAAUAAUAACACAUCAAUGGUACAAAUGCCAAAGAACAAUACACCACAACAACAACCAGGCAGUUCUCCACAAAUUAUUCAAUUGGAUCCACCCAAUGUGAUUAAUCUAGAUGGGACACCCACACCAUCACCAGCAACCAAUCAUGGAUUUUCCCAAACACCAUCAUCGGGUGCGCCAACACCUCCCAUCAACACGGUACCCAACAACAACAACAACAACAACAACUCUUACUCUCCACCACAAAAACAACUUCAACAAGUAUUGCAACAACAAGGAGGCAAUCCAUUGUCACCAGUUUCACCAAACCACGCAGGCUUAAACCAUUCACCUUCAACAUCGUAUCUCGGUGGCAGUGCAAGCUCCCCGUCAUCUAGUAUUGACAGUAGUACUAUUAAUACUACUGCUACUCCUACUGCUACUACUAUUACUAGUACUACGAACGGAACCACCACUUUGUCCUCGCCUCCUACUCCACCACCACAUAUUGUCAACUAUGUAAAUGGAUUAUCCGAGCAAGCGAGGACGGCAUUGGGCGGUCUAUUUGAAAAAACAAAAAAGGAUUCUAUCACUUUUGGAUUUAGUUCCAUUUGUAGAAGAGGCUUUUACGCCAAUGUCAAUCAACUCAAUGGAUCUCUUACCAAAUACAACAAGGACAAAAACUGUUUUGAAUGGAUCAGGGUGUACGUCAUUGAAGGAAACAAUCAGUUUAUUCAAUUUGGACGUGCCUUGAGCAUAUUCAAUACGGAAACCAUGUCAAAGUUUGGUCAAAAUCUCGUCCCCUGCAACUCUUUUGAAACACUCAUUGACAAUUUUGUCUUGCUGUUUAACUGUCUCAAACUUCUUUCACAAGAUGAAUAUUCAUCAUGUAUGGAUAAAUCUAUAGCAAAUUCUAUAAGUUCUUAUUCUUUAAUGGUUCAACAACAAAUUAAUAAUAAUAAUACAAAUAAUACACAACAACAACAAACAUCAAUAUCGCCGUUAAAUAAUAAUAAUAAUACCAAUAAUACCAAUAGUAAUACUAACACCAAUCAAAACAAUAAUAAUAAUAAUAUUAUUAAUAAUAAUGCACAUUUACAACAAUUACAAUUACAACAACAACAACAGCAACUACAACAACAGCUACAACAACAACAGCAACAGCUACAACAACAACAACAACAAUUUAGUAAUACAAAUAACAAUUUUAUUAAAAACAAUGUAAAUACUGACCAACAACAACAACAAAUUAACAAUACCAAUAAUAAUAAUAAUAUAAUGACAAAUAAUAGUAAUGUAGUUAACAAUGGUAAUAAUAAUAAUAUAAUUAAUAAUAAUAAUAAUAAUCCUUAUAUAGUAAAUAAUAAUAACAAUUCAAAUGUAAAUAAUGUAAAUAAUUUGAAUAAUGUUGCUGCAUUACAACAACAACAACAACAACAACAACAACAACAACAACAAUCGAAACCACUUCAACUUUAUGCAAACAAUAAUAACCUUGCGAAUCAACAACAACAACAACAACAGCAGCAACAACAACAAAAUAUAUUUUUAAAUAACCCGAAUAUGAUAGGCACAACCACCAACAACAAUAAUAAUAAUAAUAAUAAUGCCAACAUGAAUACUUUUACCCAGCCAACAUUUUAUGUUCAAUAA